UUCUCCAUAGGCUAGAAAUCUUGAAGCAUGGGCGACUGGAGCUUUCUGGGGCGGCUGUUGGAGAACGCUCAGGAGCACUCAACAGUCAUUGGCAAAGUCUGGCUGACAGUCCUCUUCAUCUUCAGGAUCCUGGUGCUGGGGGCCGCGGCUGAGGAGGUCUGGGGUGACGAGCAGUCUGACUUCACCUGCAACACCCAACAGCCUGGUUGCGAGAACGUCUGCUACGACGAGGCCUUCCCUAUUUCGCACAUCCGCUUCUGGGUGCUGCAGAUCAUCUUUGUGUCUACGCCAACUCUCAUCUACCUGGGCCACGUGCUACACAUCGUCCGCAUGGAGGAGAAGCGGAAAGAGAAAGAGGAGGAGCUGCGCAAAGCAAACAGGUUCCAAGAGGAGAAAGAACUCCUUUAUAGAAAUGGUGCAGAAGCUGGAGGAGGUGGCGGCGGCAAGAAGGAUAAGCCGCCAAUCAGGGACGAGCAUGGCAAAAUCCGUAUUAGAGGUGCAUUGCUGCGUACCUAUGUGUUCAACAUUAUUUUCAAGACCCUGUUUGAAGUGGGAUUCAUUUUGGGCCAGUAUUUCCUCUAUGGCUUCCAGCUGAGGCCCCUGUACAAGUGUGCACGUUGGCCCUGCCCCAACACCGUUGACUGCUUCAUAUCGAGGCCUACUGAAAAGACUAUUUUUAUUAUAUUUAUGCUUGUAGUGGCUUGCGUGUCCCUUUUGCUGAAUUUGUUAGAGAUCUAUCACCUUGGAUGGAAGAAAGUUAAACAGGGCAUGACAAAUGAGUUUGCCCCCGACCAUGAGUCGCUGCACCGCGUCGACAUUGCGGAGCCUGAGUGUUUGGCCUCUGCCUCCAGAACUGCCCCAUCCAGCCUCAGCUACCCUCCCAACUACACAGAUGUUACGGCGGGAAGCGGGGCGUUCCUGCCGCCCAUGGGGCCAGCAGCCGUGCCCUCAGCAGCAGAGUUCAAGAUGGACAACCUCCAGCAGGAGGAUUCCCUCCGCCAGCCCUCCCCCUCUUCCCACUACUACAUCAGCAACAACAACAACCACAGGCUGGCCACUCAGCAGAACUGGGCCAACCUGGCCACCGAGCAGCAGACUCGGGAGAUGAAGGCCACCUCCCCUUCCCCAUCCUCCUCUUCCUCCACCAGCACCGACAGUGAACAGCAGCAGCCUGUCGAUGCUGCACUGCUCCUUCCCACCAGCAACACCACCAGUAACACCAACAUCACCAACACAACCGCCACUGCCGCCUCCAGCAGCAGCAGCCCCGGCAGUGCCUCCAACGCAGGCAGCUGGGGUGGGGGGAAGAGUGAGCAGGAGGAAGGCAACAUCACCACCACCACAGUGGAGAUGCAUGAGCCUCCUGUAACGGUCAGCACAGACCCUCGGCGGCUCAGUCGGGCCAGCAAGAGCAGCAGCAUCAGAGCCAGGCCGAACGACCUGGCUGUCUAGAGGGCUGGCUUCUGCCCUUUCAUGUCCCUAAACCCUCCCUGACCAACAGCCCACUUCCCUCAACCACACCCCCAAACACAGUGAUUCUCAGAGAAAUCACACACAUGCAUAAGAAAAGA